AUGGCGGCAACCAGUGACGAAGAAAUGGAGUCACUGCUCUGCGCAUUCGAUCAGAUCUACGAGGAUGCCAAGAGCGGCGUUUCGGAGAUGCAGUUGCUGCAAUCCAACUACAACGCUGAGUUCAAGAUGCGGGAAUCACUCCAAGUCGCUUGCAACACCCUCAAAACAGAAAAUGAAAGGAUGGCAAAACUGUACGCGGAGUCCUUAAAGAAUCUGGCUGAUCAGCUUGACUACCGUACAAAAUGCUUGAACUUGAAAGAAGAAUUGGAAAGGAUAAAAAAUGAAGUUGUGCAUAAGGAAGACGGACUUAGGCAGGGUGUGGAGUUGUUUAAGCGAGAAUAUGAAGAAAAAAUUGCGCGUUUAGAAGCUCAAGUUAAGGCAUCUCUACAUGAGAAAGCAACAUAUGAAGCAACAAUAAGCCAACUCCAUGGAGAUUUGGCUGCACGUGAAAGUCACAUGCAAGUUCUAGCCAAUAGGUUGGACCAAAUUCAUGUUGAAGUGGAAUCAAAAUAUAGUUCUGAGGUUCAGGAUUUGAAAGAAUGUCUUGCGGUUGAACAGGAAGAGAAAAACGAGUUAAACAGAAAAGUCCAACAUCUGGAAAAGGAAUUGCUGAUUUGUAAAGCAAAGAUGGUUGACCAGCAGCAAGAAAUGACCUCAAAUUGGCAAGUGGAAACACUUAAGCAGAAAAUUAUGAAACUAAGAAAAGAGAACGAGGUCCUGAAAAGAAAGUUCUCUCAUUUGGAAGAGGGCAAGUAA